GCGCCGCGCGGCCCGUCCAUUUCCGGCGCGGAGGGCAGUCGGUCGGGCCGGGCCGGGCCGCGGGCCCUGAGGCGGCGGCGGCAAUGUUCGUGCAGGAGGAGAAGAUCUUCGCGGCGAAGGUGCUGCGGCUGCGCAUCUGCGCGCUGGAUGGCGCCGAGUGGUUGGAGGAGGUCCCGGAGGACACGGCCAUCGAGCGCCUCAAGGAGCGCUGCCUGAAGCACUGCUUGCCGGGCAGCCUCGAGGACCCGAAAUGUGUGACGCACCACAAACUCAUCCACGCCGCUUCGGAGAAGGUGCUGAGUGACACUAAGACGGUCUCGGAGGAAAACAUUCAGGAUCGAGAUGUUUUGGUCCUGGUGAAGAAAAGGGCCCCCCCAGCGCCUCCAAAGAUGGCAGACGUCUCUGCCGAGGAAAAGCGGAAGCAGGAGGCGAAGGCACCCGACAAGGAGGCGAUCCUGAAAGCUACCACCAGCCUCCCCUCCCACAGCGUGGAUCGGAGCGUGGCCCACCACAACAUGAGAGACUUUCAGACGGAGCUUCGGAAAAUCUUGGUCUCGCUCAUCGAAGUGGCCCAGAAACUCUUAGCCCUCAACCCGGAUGCUGUCGAGCUCUUCAAGAAGGCAAACGCCAUGUUGGAUGAAGACGAGGAUGACCGAGUGGACGAGAUUGCUCUGCGCCAGCUGACCGAAAUGGGCUUUCCUGAGAGCAGAGCCAUUAAAGCCCUCCGCCUCAGCCACAUGUCCGUGACUCAAGCCAUGGAGUGGCUCAUUGAGCAUGCAGACGACCCCACGGCUGACGCCCCCAUGCCCGGCCACGUCCCCGUGGAAAGCACAGCCGAAGAAGCGGGGCCCGCCCUCCCCCCGGCGGUCAACGGGGCCAGCUCAGCGGCCGCCCUGGAGGAGCCGAGAGAUGAGCUGACAGAAAUAUUCAAGAAGAUACGAAGGAAACGAGAGUUUCGUCCGGAUCCACGGGCAGUGGCGGCCUUAAUGGAGAUGGGCUUUGACGAGAAAGAAGUGGUGGACGCCCUCAGGGUCAACAACAAUCAGCAAAACGCCGCUUGCGAGUGGCUGCUGGGCGACCGGAAGCCGACCCCCGAAGAUUUAGACAAGGGGAUCGACCCUGCCAGCCCUCUUUUCCAAGCCAUCUUAGAAAACCCCGUGGUACAGUUGGGGCUGACAAACCCUAAAACUCUACUUGCUUUUGAAGACAUGCUGGAAAACCCCUUGAACAGCACGCAGUGGAUGAACGACCCAGAAACUGGGCCGGUCAUGUUACAGAUCUCCCGCAUCUUCCAGACGUUGAAUCGCACCUAGAGGGCUCCGGCCAUUCCGCUCUGCCCUGUUGGGUCUGCCGCUUUGCUCCGAUCCCAGAACGAACCUGGGACGCCGAUGGCCGGCCGAGCCCGACGCGUGUUUUCUUUUGCCUUUGAGUCUUUGGAUUGACGUGUUACAGACUUUCAGUUUGGUUCCACUUUUGGCUUACGCCCUGCGCCCCAUUUCUGUUUUUAGGUGUAGUAGGAGACAGUUGAAUGAGAGGCCGUUUCCUUUUCUUUCAAGUGUUUUUAUUAAAAAAAGAAAAUCGGAAAAUAAUCCAUCAUUAUAACUUGAAAAGGCGUUUGCAAUUAGGAAUCCAACAAUUGGGAAAAAUAGCACAGCCUCGUCCAUACAUGCAGAGCUUCGGAAACGGCUCGGGCUUCUUUUGUACACGAGCUCUUUCUCGGGAUGUUGGUUUCUCUUAAGUUAUUUCUGUUGUAAAAUACAGAAGAGUUUUUAAACUGA